AUGAACAACUCUAAUGAUGGACUUAGCGUUAUGGGUCCAACUGGGUCCGCCAGUGGCUCUAAUCAGACGGUGGGCACCGGAUUGAAAAGCUGCACCCAAGAAAUUGCACCCACCGACUGUUUUCGCGUUGGGGGAAAAAAUGUGGUCCUUCUAGACACACCCGGUUUUGAUGACACAAAGGUUUCGGAUUACGAUAUCUUGGAAGGAAUUGCCGAAUAUAUGGUCAAAACAGUGGGAGGAAUAGCAGUUCGCAAUCUGCGGAUGUUUGAAAGCCUCUGUGGUGACGACCCCCUCAAGUCGGUCGUAGUGGUCACCAAUAUGUGGGGUCUGUUGCCAAACCUAGGUAUAGGAGAAGCACGAGAGCAGGAGUUAAGGCAAGAUCCAGACUUUUUUGCUAGGGUUCUCGCUGGAGGCGCAAAUCUCAUGAGACAUAGCGAAACAAUACAAUCUUCACACGCCAUCAUCUCUACUUCACUCACUGGCACUGGAUCCAAGAGGCUGGCCAUACAAACCGAGAUGGUGGACGACAGACUUCGACUAGACGAGACGUCUGCUGCCGCAGAACUCAUUAAAGACUUUGAUGCCAUGAUUCAAAAUUUGGAGCGGAGAAUUCAAAAGGAACAACGCGCGAGACCCGGUGAAACCGCCAAAGAUCGACGAGCCAGACAAGCGUCGAUUAAGAAGAUGCAGAAGAAGAUUUUGGAACUCGAGGAGCGCAAAAAGAACCUUGUUUUGCUAAGAGUGUCGAGCUAUGAGUUGGGUCUUGAUAGAUGA